CAGGCGCUGGGGUUUGUUACUCACAGCCGUGCCCCCGCCGGGGCAUCAAUUCUGCUCGGAGCGAAGGGAGGAGCUGGCUGUCCGGGCUGGGUCUGCUCGGUGCCCGUGGGGCCGACGGGUUGGGGUGCAGCAGGGCCGGCAGGGUGCCCCCCAGCUCUGCCAGGACACAGAGGCUGGGAGCUCGGGGCAGGGCCCCAGAUCUUACUGCAGCAGCACCCCAGGAGCAGGGAACCGGCUCCAGCACUGCCGGGGAGCACCGGCAUCGCGCUGCCCCGGCCCCAUCGCUGGGUUACAGCCCAAGCACGGAGCGGGAUGGCUCGGCCCCGCGGGGCUGUGCCGGGAGCAGGCAGCACCCAGCACCCCGUGGCCGGGGGCCUGGCAGCACCCCGCUCCCCACGCCUCGCUGCAGCCUGUUGUGUCUCUUUAUGCACCUUCCUUUUAUGCAGGGGAGGUUGCUACGCAACCAGCGGCUCUGGAUGCUUAAAGCUCUAAUACGGAGGGAUAAAACCGCUCUAAAAAUACCCCGCCGGCAGCCGCCGUGGGGGUCGGGGGCUGGCAGGGGGCAGGCAGCCCAGGCCCAGGGGCUGCUGCCAUGAACUUCCCCAGCUCCGUGUCCUCCAAGUGGCUUUGAGCCGCCGGCCGCUGCCCGUGCGCCCCAGCGGGCCCCUGUGCGGGCAGGGAGCGGGGAUUGGCUGCGGCGGGCGCGUGGGCUCCUGCCGCUGGAGCCUCCCGCUGCCAGAGCCGCCUUCCCCUGCUCCAGACAGAGCGGGGACACCUCGGGCUGCCCGGGGUCCCGGCCGCAGGGAGCUGCCGCCGCGCCGCACAGUGCCCGCCGGGCUCCCCCUGCCCCACUCGGGGUCUGCGCGCCAUGGGGACGGUCAGCGAGCUCUGCGCCUCCAGCUUCCAGGCCUUCCUGUGCCCCUCAGUGGCCACCAAGGCAGUGCCCAGCGACCUAACCCCAGAGGAGUGCCAGGAGCUGGAGAACAUCCGCCGCCGCAAGCAGGAGCUGCUGGCUGACAUUCAGCGGCUGAAAGAUGAGAUAGCAGAAGUGACGAAUGAGAUCGAGAACCUCGGCUCCACGGAGGAGAGGAAGAACAUGCAGAGGAACAAGCAGGUGGCCAUGGGCAGGAAGAAGUUCAACAUGGAUCCUAAGAAGGGCAUCCAGUUCCUGAUCGAGAACGACUUGCUGAAGAACACGUGCGAGGACAUCGCGCAGUUCCUCUACAAGGGGGAGGGCCUCAACAAGACGGCCAUCGGGGACUACCUGGGCGAGAGGGAUGAGUUCAACAUCCAAGUCCUGCACGCCUUCGUGGAGCUGCACGAGUUCACCGACCUCAACCUCGUGCAGGCGCUGCGGCAGUUCCUCUGGAGCUUUCGGCUGCCUGGGGAGGCGCAGAAGAUCGACCGGAUGAUGGAGGCCUUUGCCCAGCGCUACUGCCAGUGCAACCCCGGCGUCUUCCAGUCCACAGACACCUGCUACGUGCUCUCCUUUGCUAUCAUCAUGCUGAACACCAGCCUGCACAACCCCAACGUCAAGGACAAACCCACGGCGGAGCGCUUCAUCGCCAUGAACCGCGGCAUCAACGACGGGGGGGACCUGCCCGAGGAGCUCCUGCGGAAUCUCUAUGAGAGCAUCAAGAACGAACCCUUCAAAAUCCCCGAGGACGAUGGCAACGACCUCACCCACACCUUCUUCAACCCCGACCGGGAGGGCUGGCUCCUGAAGCUGGGAGGCAGGGUGAAGACGUGGAAGCGGCGCUGGUUCAUCCUGACCGACAACUGCCUUUACUACUUCGAGUACACCACGGAUAAAGAGCCCCGUGGCAUCAUCCCCCUGGAGAACCUGAGCAUCCGUGAGGUGGAGGACUCCAAGAAGCCCAACUGCUUCGAGCUCUACAUCCCCGACAACAAGGACCAGGUGAUCAAGGCCUGCAAGACGGAGGCAGACGGGCGGGUGGUGGAGGGGAACCACACCGUGUACCGCAUCUCGGCCCCCACGCCCGAGGAGAAGGAGGAGUGGAUCAAGUGCAUCAAGGCAGCGAUCAGCCGGGACCCUUUCUAUGAGAUGCUGGCCGCCAGGAAGAAGAAGGUGUCCUCCACCAAGAGACACUAGCAGCCCCCGCUGGCCCUGCGGGACCGCCGUGCCCCCGUCAGCGCGAGCAUCUCCCCUUCCCGGAGGGCUGCAGCCCGGCCCGCGGUGCCAGGACCCAGCUUCAGCUUCGCAGUUUCUUUACCGUGGGGGGAGGGAAGGGGCAAGGGCGUUCCGGUGGCUCUGGCCCCAGUGCCACCGUCUCACCUCCAGGCAGUGCUGGGCUCGAGGUGGGACACCCCUGUGCGCGGGGAGUCCCCGGUGCUUGCUCCCCGGUGGGCCGCGGGGUGGUAAUGCUGCCUGCGGGCACCGGGCUGGGCAGCGGGGCCAUCGGGCACCCUUCCUGCUCCAGGUUCCCCCAGGUGGCAACUUCCAGCCCUGGGCACUGCUGAGGGGGCAACUGGACAGGAGGGAGGGGAGCCUGGCUCGGGGGAGGGCCCCGGGGGGACCCAGUGCUGGGGACGUGCUUUUGGGUCCCCCCAGCACUCGUGUCUCCUGAAGCACUUGGGGUGCCCCACGGUGCGGGUGAGCAGCUGGCGGUUUUGGGGUGCUGCAGGCACUGGGGUGCCGGGUGGCAGCCCCAGGGUGGUGGGCACAGCCCCGCGGAGGCAGGACUCGUGGCCCUCGUUGUAGCGGGCCUGGGUCUGUGCUGAGCUCCCCCACGCUGCUGCCUUGGAGCCCCCCGGCCGUGCCCCGUGGGCGCAGGGAGGUUGUCGCUGUCACGGUGCCGCGGACCUGGCCCUGCCCUGCCACAGCUCACAGCCACGAGCCCUGCGCCAGGGGUGGCUCCUGAGCAGGGGGGCGACGUGCCCGGGGGCUGCACCGAGCACGGGGCUGUGCCCAUUGGGGCUGUGCCCAUCGGGGCUGUGCCCCCGCCUCUGCCCCACAAGCGCCGUGCCCUGUCCUGCUCCCCUCGCACAGGGUCUGGAGGGAGACGCCCGGAU